UUCAUUCACCCACGCGUGGUGAAGGAAGCCCGCUUACCCACGACAGGGUCUCCGACUCCCAUCUCCGUUACCCUAGGGGAUGACAAGACCCAGCGCUUCUUCGAUCAGAUAGUCACCGACCUCCCCUUCUUCCUCACUCUCGAGCCGACUGAUCGUUCCCCGGCGUCUCGUCGCCAUCGCUCCUCUGCACAUUUCGAUGUGAUGGAGACGGGGUACGAUAUCAUUUUCGGCACUUCGUGGUCUCGUCGAUUUCGCAGCACCGAGGCCGAUUGGGCGACCAACACUCUCGUUCUCAAAACGAAGUGUGGACAGACGUAUCGCGUACCUUUCAUAGGUACCACGACGAUACCACACCCCGAUCCUCCUCCCCCGGAGCUGUCAGUGCCCACCCCAUCCCCCUCUAUCACUGUCACCUCGCCUCGGCAAUUCGCUCAUUUCAUUCGACAGGACGACGUCACCUUCUUUAUGGUGGACGUGACGGAUCUCUUACACUAUGAUCCACCCUGUCCCGACGCCGAGCUCAUCCCUCUGGAGCCAGAUCCUCCCUCUAUCUCCAUGGCUCCCAUCUCUACUUCCAUCCCUCCACCGUCCGUCGAGUCCACCCCGCCGUCGGGCGCUGACGCUGACGCUAAGGAACUUGCACGAUAUACGGCUGACCUGGAGCCCGCAGUUCGUGACCACAUCCGAGAGUACCACGACGUUUUUCCAUCGCCGUUCUCGUACGCCGGCAUCCUACCGAUGCAUGACGUCGAGCACUCCAUUCAGCUUGUGCCUGACUAUCGUGUUCACCACCAGGCACCCUACAGACUCUCGAUUCCCGAGGCCACCGAACUCAAGUGUCAGCUUGAGGAGCUCCUGAGACUGGGUUUCAUUAAACCCAACAACUCCCCGUGGGGUGCACCCGUCCUCUUUGCUCGCAAAGCGGAUGGAACUCUCCGUCUCUGCAUCGACUAUCGCGGCCUCAACCGCUACACAGUUAAGAACAGCUACCCCAUGCCUCGUUCCGAUGAGUUGUUCGACCGCCUAGCAGGCAACCACUUCUUUACGAAGAUUGAUCUUCAUAGAGGUUACCAUCAGAUCCGCGUCGCUGCAGCCGACCAACCGAAGACAGCGUUACGAUCGCGCUUCGGCCACUACGAGUUUACGGUGAUGCCAUUCGGCCUCACCAAUGCACCCGCCACCUUCCAGAGGGCGAUGAACGACAUCUUCAGGGACAUCCUGGAGCAGUACGUUCUCGUCUACCUCGACGAUAUCCUGGUCUACAGUCGUACCCUUGAGGAGCACCUCAGACACCUCCGCGACGUCCUUGACCGCUUGCGCAGACAUGGCUUUUACGCCAAGCUUAGCAAGUGCCGCUUUGCCCAGCACAAAGUGGAUUUCUUAGGACACUACGUGUCUGACCAAGGUCUCCACAUGCACGACGCGAAGAUCACUGCUAUUGCAGAGUGGUCCGCCCCCACAUCCGCCAAGCAGCUUCGCAACUUCCUAGGCUUGACCAGCUACUUUAGUAACUUCAUCCGGGGAUACGCUAGGUAUUCCUACGUCCUUACCUCCACCCUCCUCCGGAAGAACCUACCCUGGGCUUGGACACCCCUCCACGAGGACGCCUUCCGCGCCCUCAAGAAGGCGGUGACAUGUGCACCGGUUCUUCACCUACCCGAUUUUGACCGCCCUUUUAUCCUUACCACCGAUGCGUCAGACUUUGUUGUAGGAGCAGUGCUUUCUCAGGUCUUCCCCUCCUCUCCUGAUUCCUCUCAUCGGGUCACAGAUGCUCUAUCCCGGUGCCCUGACCACGACCAGGAGCACAUCCAGCUCUCUUCCAUCUCGGUCACCACCGUCCACCACUCGGUGAUCGACGAGUUUCGCACUCAGUACCGCCACUGCCCCGACUAUCACGACAUCCACGCGACCCUUCGGAGUGGCAAGACCGUCUCGAACUACUCUCUUGAGGACAACGGUUUGUGUACUUGCACGGUUCACAGGGCACCAGAGAGCCCCGUAUUUGCGUUCCCUCCACUGGACAGCUACGUGUCCGAGCAGUAGCAGAGUUCCAUGACCAGGCAGCGACCGGUCAUAUGGGUUUCCACAAGACGUUGGCUCGUGUGAGCCGCAUAUACGUCUGGCCGAAG